AUGAGCCUCGGCAUAAUCGCUGCCGCCAUCGUCAUCACUCUUUUCUUGGGCAUCCUCAUAGGCGGCGUGUAUGUCUACAGCCAGCCGGAGGUGCGACAGGCGACUCGCAGGUCCUACACCUGCGCACCCGAUGACCCGAUUGCACUGGAAGAAAACGUGCAUAACACCGUCACGUCUGGUCGUUGGCUGAGGCGCCAGCAACGUUGGAGUCGCAAGAGCGAGGCUCCGAUUCAAGAGAUGGGAGAUUCUGUAUCUAUCUCCAGCGCAGGUGGAGUCUUCAACUUCUGGAGCAAGAGGAGCUCAUCCGAAGCGCCCUCGGGCCAUAAACGUCGUUAUGUAGGUUCGCACCGUAAAGAAGGGCACUUGCGCAAAUUUUCUCGUCGAACUAAAUCCGUUGCUGGUCAAGAAACCACUCGGAAGCUGCGGGGUAGUGACUCGAUGGAAUCCUUCGACAGUUUCUCCUCUUUGGACACUAUAUCAGGCGUGCAUUUAGACUAUAUGACGAACGCUCAGAUGUUCAUCAAAACCACCAUCUACAAGGGCAACGUUGUGGCACUCAAGGCUCUACCUCCUGACCGACGUAUAGAAAUCACGGAAGCCCUUCUAAUCGAAGUAUCUCGCGUAAAGGACCUGAAUUCAGAACACAUUUGCCGAUUCGUGGGUGCGUGCAUCGAGUCACCCCAUCAGUGCCUUGUGUACGAAUACUGCCCCAAGGGUAGCCUCCAGGAUGUGCUUGAGAAUCCUCAAAUCAAACUCGAUUGGAUGUUCAAGUUCUCUCUUAUGCAGGAUAUUUGUCGGCCUACACCCGAAUAUCCCAGAGAGGCGGUCCUCAAGGCUGUAAAUCCAAUUGUCUAG